AUGCCACUCACUAAAGAUACAAUUGCAACAACAAGUAGUGAUGCAGCAGCAAGUCACGCACUUUUAGUAAAAGCUGGAUUUGUUCGUCAAUCUUCUUCGGGAAUCUUUGGUAUACUUCCAAUGGGUCUUCGAACAAUCGAAAAAAUUGAACAUAUUAUUGAUGAGGAAAUGCAAGCCAUCGGCAGUCAAAAACUUUCUCUUCCACUUCUCUUGUCCUCUGAAAGCUGGAAAAAGACAGGAAGAUGGAGUGGAGCCCAGGGAGAGUUUUUCCAUCUGAAGGAUCGAAAGGACACGGAUUUACUUCUUGCUCCUACACACGAAGAAGAAAUAACUCAACUUGUUGGAUCAGAGCUGCGAUCUGCCAAACAACUUCCAAUCCGAUUGUAUCAAAUAGGCCGCAAGUACCGUGAUGAGCUUCGUCCUCGGGCUGGGCUUUUGAGAGGCAGAGAGUUUAUUAUGAAGGAUAUGUACAGUUUCGAUGCAACAGUAGAAGAGGCUUAUAGUGCAUAUGAUGCUGUUACUGCUGCAUACUACGCCAUUUUCCGUCGUAUUGGUAUUCCAUUUGUUGUGGCAGAAGCAGACAGUGGUAAUAUGGGUGGAUCAAAGUCCCAUGAGUAUCACCUUGUAUCAUCAGUCGGUGAAGAUACACUCUUAACAUGUACAUGUUGUGGAUAUACGGCCAACGAAGAACUUGCUACUGGGCAUCUGAAAACAUCCCCUUCUUUACUCGAGAAUACCCCUGUAGAACACACACACGAGCCACUUGGAACAUAUGAAGCGACUCACGCCAUGGAGUUCUCCUAUGCAAAAUACACUGGACAAAAUCAGAACAAUGAAGCCGUAACUGGGUACACAGUUAUAGUUACUCCUAAGGGUCGCACUGUCAACUUGCUCAAAGUUCAAACCUCACUCGGACGCCAUCUCCAAUCGAAAGAAAAGAUCCAAGACGGCAGUAGUAUUGAACUUAACGGAGUUCACCACAAGACAAUCCUUAGUAUUCCGGAAGAAAUCAAAAAGUCUGACCUGCAUGUAUUUUUGGAUAAUGGUGUGAUGCCUUUGAAAUACACGCUAGCUCAGAGUGGAUUCGAAAAUGCUACUGUACAUGCUGCAGAUCAUUACCGUAUUGCAGAGGCUGGUGAUUUCUGUAACUCUUGCCACGAAGAUGGAAAAUCAACUCCUCUUAGUAGUGUUAAAGCAAUAGAAGUCGGGCACACUUUUUAUUUAGGCACCAAGUAUUCUGCUGCUCUUGACUGUGGAUUCAAGGUACCAUCUCAGCCAGAAAAAGUCCCUGCACAAAUGGGCUGCUACGGAAUUGGUGUUACACGUCUACUGGCCUCCGUCGCCGAGGCAACUCAUGACGACCGUGGUAUUGUGUGGCCGACUAGCAUUGCACCUUACAGCGUUUGUAUUGUCCCAACACACGAUAAGAAUGUCGAGCUCCAUAAAGUGGCAGACAAGAUAUAUGACCAAUUGGAAGCUACCAGAUUUCUCGAGAAAGACAUUAUAAUGGAUGAUCGAAAGGCUGGUUUUGGCAGCAAGAUGAAAGAUGCUGAGUUGAUUGGAUAUCCGUUUAUUGCUGUUGUAGGUCAAAAGGCAAUUAGUAAUCAAAUUGUAGAAUUACAUGAGCGGGUCAAGGGUGAAAAGAACAUAGUUACCGAGGUUCCUCUAGGGGAAUUAGAAAAGUGGAUCCAACAGCGCUUGUCGGUAUAA